CGCUUUGGAAAUACUUUAGAGAAAAAGAAAUUCGAAAUUAUUGAAAGAAAAGAAGAACAAAAAAAAAAAAAGUAAAAAUGCAAUCGGGAAGAAACGCGGCGGAGGCGAUGAAGGAAUCGGCUGCCAACGUGGGAGCCUCUGCCAAAGCUGGCAUGGAAAAAACCAAAGCCACCGCUCAAGAAAAGGUGGACAAAAUGCGGGCCCACGAUCCAUUUGAGAAAGACAUGGCGAGAGAAAGGAAAGACGAGAGGAUUCAGGAGGCUGAGCUGGACAAGCAGCAGGCACGUGUAGAACACGCAGCAGAGAGACAGACCGGUACAGGACCCGGGACCCGUACCGGUUUGGGAACCGGUACCCACACCUACGACCCGACCGUGGGGGGCCGCUAAGGGGCGUGGCCAGUUAUAUCUGGUGUGGUCAACCGGUUUAUAUGAAUAUGGCUUGCUUGCUUUGCUAUGCUUUGUUUUUUCUUUCUAAAAAAAAGAAUUUUAAUAAUCGAUAUAGUUGUUGAUUAUGAACACUGUGUAUGUAUUUUAUGAAAUAAAAUUAUAGUUAAAAUAUAGUUGCUUGUUUUUGGUA